UAAAGCUAGAGGAAUUCCAAUCGUUGGUGAAAUAAAAAUAAAAUCAAACCUGAAUGCUAUAAUAGCGUUAUAAAAUAGGACCGCCACGAUGAGUAUGCAGCUCAAGCAUAUAAAGACUUUGUUGCCUCCUCAGGAUGGGGCAGCAAAGAUCUGUACCCUGGCAUGGGCACCCAACAACCUGAAGUUUGCAGUGUGCACAUCUGACAGGGUGAUCUUAUUGUACGAUGAACAAGGAGAGAAGAGGGACAAGUUCUCCCUGAAACCAGCUGAUGCCAAGUAUGGAAAGCGUAGCUACACAGUGAAAGGGAUAGCAUUCUCUAGCUGUUCCACAAAGCUAGCUGUUGGACAGACAGACAACAUUGUAUAUGUCUACAAAGUCGGAGAUGACUGGGGAGAGAAGAAGGUGAUCUGUAACAAGUUUAUACAGCAGAGUGCUGUCACCUGCUUAAUCUGGCCCCCGGAACAGCCCAUUGUGUUUGGUCUGGCAGAUGGCAAGGUGCGAGCAGCCAACAUCAAGACCAACAAGUCGUCAACCAUCUAUGGAACAGACUCCUAUGUUGUCUCUCUUGCAGCCAAUCCCUCUGGGAAGGGGUUUCUCUCUGGUCACGCUGACGGCUCCAUUGUCCGCUUCUUCUUUGAUGAUGAAGGCACUGGUGACCAGCAGGGCAAGAUCAGUACCCACCCUUGUCCGCCUUAUGCCCUGGCCUACUCCCAGAAUGCCAUAGUGGCCGCAGGAUGUGACAAGCGGAUCAUUGCGUACGGCAGGGAAGGCAGGAGCUUUCAGCACUUUGACUUUAGCCGAGAUGAUGAUGAGCAUGAGUUCACAGUUGCAGUGUGCAGUCCUAGCGGCCAGUCUAUUGUGGUCGGCAGUUUUGACAGGAUGCGUGUGUUGAACUGGAGCCCACGUCGUCAGAUGUGGGAUGAGCCCAAGUUGAAGGAGAUCCGUAACCUGUACACCAUUACUGCCCUCGGAUGGAAGAAGGACGGUGCUAGGGUCACUGUGGGGACACUAUGUGGAGGUGUGGAGAUGUUUGAUUGUUGUCUGAAGAGAACCAUCUACAAAAACAAGUUUGAGAUGACCCAUGUUGGACCAAACCAGGUGAUAGUGAAGAACCUGUCUACCAACAUGCGUGUCGUGUUGAAGUCUCACUAUGGUUACGAGAUAGACGAAGUACGCAUCAUGGGCAAGGACCGCUACCUCGUCUCUCAUACCUCUGAUACCAUCCUCCUCGGAGACCUGCAAUGUAACAAACUCAGUGAGGUUCCAUGGCAAGGUUCUGGAGGCAACGAAAAGUACUACUUUGACAAUGAAAGUGUAUGUAUGAUAUUCAACGCCGGAGAGCUGACCAUGGUAGAGUAUGGGAACAAUGAGAUCCUCGGCUGUGUGCGCACAGAGUUCAUGAACCCCCACCUGAUCAGCGUACGCCUGAACGAGCGUAAACAGCGUGUGGUACAGGACAACAAGAAGAUUGCCUAUCUCAUGGACCUGAAGACCAUUGCUAUCAUGGACCUUGUGAGCGGGAUCAACAUUGGUCAGAUCAACCACGAGUCCAAGAUUGACUGGCUAGAGCUGAAUGAAACUGGUAGAAAGCUGUUAUUUAGAGAUAAGAGACUGAGGUUGAACCUGUAUGAUGUUGAAAGCCAGCAACGGACGACGAUCCUGAACUACUGCUCAUAUGUACAGUGGGUGCCGAGCAGUGAUGUCGUUGUUGCCCAGAACAGGGGGAACCUGUGUGUCUGGUACAACAUGGACGCCCCAGAGAGGGUCACCAUGUUCCCACUGAAGGGUGAGAUAGUUGACCUUGAGCGUACAGAAGGGAAGACCGAGGUGAUUGUGAACGAGGGAGUGACCUCAAUCUCCUACACACUGGACGAGGGGCUCAUAGAGUUUGGCACCGCCACUGAUGAUGGAGACCUUGAAAGGGCGGUAGCCUUCCUUGAGACCCUGGAAAUGUCUAUUGAGACAGAGGCCAUGUGGAAGUCCCUCAGUAAAUUAGCCAUGGAGGACCGGCAGUUGCACAUUGCUGAGAGAUGCUAUGCUGCCCUGGGGGAUGUUGCGAAGGCAAGGUUUAUGAAGGAGACCUUCCGUAUAGCAGAGGAAGUUGCCAAGACGAUGGGUGGGGAUGGCUUCAACAACUACCGUGUGAGAGCGCGCCUUGCCAUCAUGGAGAAAAAGUUUAAGGAGGCAGAGAGUAUUUACCUUGAACAGAACCAUGUUGAGGAAGCAAUGGAGAUGUAUCAGGAGAUGCACAUGUGGGACGAGGCCAUUGAGGUCGCCGAGGCCAAGAUGCACCCUGAGUUAGACACAUUGAAGAGGAACUAUCACCAAUGGCUGAUGGAGACCGGCCAGGAGGAGACAGCAGGAGAUUUGAAGGAGCGAGAAGGAGACUAUCAGGCAGCCAUUAACCUCUAUAUGAAGGCCGGCCUCCCUGCACGUGCUGCACGGCUUGCGACCUCACGGGAUGAGUUGAUGUCCAACACAGAUCUUAUCAGUAGGAUUGCCUCCUCUCUCAUCAAGGGAGAGCUCUUUGAAAGGGCAGGGGACAUGUAUGAGAAGAUCCGAGACUACCCUCAGGCCAUGUCCUGCUUCAAGAAGGGCAAGUCUUACAGGAGAGCUGUGGAGUUGGCCCGCUACGCAUUCCCGGCAGACGUUGUGAGAUUGGAGGAGGAAUGGGGAGACUUCCUUGUUUCCCAGAAACAACUUGAUGCUGCCAUCAAUCACUUCAUAGAGGCUGGCGCUAUCCCGAAGGCUGUUGAUGCUGCUAUCAGCUCUCGGCAGUGGGCCAAGGCUGUACAGAUCCUGGAGCUACAAGACUCUUCCCUCGCGUCCAAGUACUACAAGAAGAUUGCUGACCAUUACGCCUCCAUCGGGGAAUAUGAGAAAGCAGAGCGUCUGUAUGUGGAGGCUGGCUGUACCCGAGAGGUUGUGGAAAUGUACACACAGGCCGGCAAAUGGGAGCAGGCUCACAAGAUGGCAUCGAGCUACAUGAAGUCAGAUGAUGUGUCUGCAAUGUACAUCUCCCAGGCUAGACAGCUGGAGGAGCAGGGGAAGUUCAAGGAGGCUGAGAAGUUGUUUGUGGCUGUGAAGGAGCCUGACCUGGCCAUUUCCAUGUACAAGAAACAGCGGAUGUACAGCGACAUGGUCCGCCUGGUCAAGGUCCACCACCCAGACCUACUUCAGGACACCUACAUACACUUGGCUAAGGAGUGUGAGACGGAUGGUAACCUGCGCCAGGCAGAGCAGUACUACGUGGAGUCCGGGGAUUGGAAGGCAGCAGUGAACAUGUACCGAUCACAGGACAUGUGGGACGAGUCUCACAGGGUAGCAAAGGCCCAGGGUGGCCAGAAUGCCUCCAAGCAGGUGGCAUACCUGUGGGCCAAGAGUCUUGGUGGGGACUCUGCCGUCAAACUCCUCAACAAGUUUGGCCUCCUUGAUGCUGCCAUCGACUAUGCUGCUGAAAAUUGUGCGUUUGACUUUGCAUUUGAGUUGGCAAAGAUCGCUAUGAAGGAGAAGUUGCCUGAGAUCCACCUGAAGCAUGCCAUGUACCUCGAGGAUGAGGGAAGGUUCGCUGAUGCUGAGGCCGAGUUUGUAAGAGCCAGCAAACCGAAGGAGGCUGUUCUCAUGUAUGUACAUAACCAGGACUGGGACAGUGCCCAGCGUGUAGCAGAAGCACAUGACGCAGACUCUGUAGCUGAUGUCCUUGUGGGCCAGGCCAGGUUUGCCUUCGAGGAGAAGGAGUACGCUCGGGCCGAGACAUACCUGCUCCGUGCUCAGAGGCCUGAACUAGCUGUCAAGUACUACAGGGACUCUGGCAUGUGGCAGGAUGCCCUACGUGUGUGUAAGGAGUAUGUGCCUCACAAAUUGCAGCAGCUACAAGAUGAGUAUGAUCGCGAGAUGACUGCUGAGUCCACCAGGGGUUCAGAGUCUAUGAUAAGCCAGGCGAGGGAGUGGGAGUCAUCAGGAGAGUAUGCCCGGGCUGUUGAGUGCUACCUCAAGGUCACAACAGAGCUCACCAAUGACAAGGACCUACUCGUAAAGUGCUGGCUUAAGGGAGCUGACCUGGCCAUCAAGUUCCUGGGCCAGGAUAAGGCCACCAGGGUGGUUGAAAUUGUGUGUCCUAAACUGGUCGAGUUCAGAAAGUUCAACAAUGCAGCUGAGCUGUACCUGAAUGUGGACAUGGUGAAGGAUGCCAUUGACAUGUUCAUUGCUGGGGAGGAGUGGAACAAGGCCAGGAAGGUUGCCAAGGAACUGGAACCAAGAUAUGAGCCAUAUGUUGAGGAGCGUUACAAGGAAUCUCUGAAGAACCAGGGCAGAGCAGAUGUGCUUGCGAGUGUUGACGUGGUGGGUGCCAUCGACAUGUACAUAGAUAAGGGUGACUGGCAGAAAGCUCUGGACACCGCGGAGCAGCAAAACCCCAAGGUCCUACACAAGUAUGUGGCCCUUUAUGCCACACAUCUCAUCAAGUCAGGCGACACCAUGCUGGCUCUAGACCUCUACGUCAAGUAUGGCGCCCCAGCCAAUUCACAGAACUUCAACAUCUACAAGCGGUUGUUCAGUGAUGUGAUUGGGACAAAGGACCUGAACAAACCGGAGGCCUACCGGACCUGGGCGGAUGUCAGGGACAUGCUCUAUGACCUGACAGAGAAUCUACGUAAGUCCCCAGAUGCCAACGGUCCGGACCAUGAGGACUUUGAGCGUUACCUGCAAAUUGCCCACUACUAUUCCAUCCGGUCUUCAGCCAUGGCCCAUAAGUCCCUCGACUCCAUCGCUACCAAGCUCUCUGUCUCCCUCCUACGGCACACGGACAUUGUCCCCGCUGAUAAGGCAUUCUUUGAAGCUGGCAUGAUGUGCAGGGCUAUAGGCUGGGAUAACAUGGCCUUUGUGUUCCUGAACAGAUACCUGGAUGUCUCUGAGGCGAUCGAGGAGGGUACCCUGGAUAUGAUAGACCACAGUGACUUCCAGGACACGGACAUUCCCUUCGAGAUUCCCCUCCCUGAGAAACCACACCUCUCUUCUCAGCAGCAUGAGGAGAUACGUGAGUGGGUGUUGGCUGUCUCCAUGGACCAGCAGAUAGAGCAGGUCCUCCCCCAGGAUGCCCGUGGAUGCUAUGAGGCGUCUCUCACUACGCCUGACGGUGUACGCUCACAGCCAUGUGUUAUCACAGGCUACCCGGUGUUAGCGGACAAGAUGGAGUUCAAGUCCCCCGGCAAGGUUGCCAACAAGGAUGACUGGAACAAGUACCUAAUGGCAACCAAGGUUUCCCAUGCAACAGAGCUGCAGGACGUGUUGAAGUUUAUCGGCAGCUGGUGCGGAGCCACACCCAACCCAAGUUACUCCUUCCAGUAACCAUGACAACGGACACUUGACUUGACUCAUGAAAACUGACCAGAAAGUGAUAAACACAACAAUGAGUGAACUGUGUACAUUCAAACUGAUUAGAUGAUUAGUAUCAUUAAUGGUGAUAAUAGACUUGGCUAUCGUAUGUUACAUUAUCUAUUGAUUUAUUCUUCCCAAUUUAGAAGAUACAUGUUAGUGCAUAUUGCAAACCAUAAUGUCAUUUCCGAUCUUUCAAGUGAGACACGCACACAAACCCGCACGCACAGACACGCGCGCGCGCGCACGCACGCACGCACACACAGACAGUAGUGUGAGGAUGAGGGAAUGUUGCGAUCACUACAGGCCUUCAUACCUUUUCUGCUGUUGGGUGUUUUAUUUAAUUUAUUUUUGCCUUUAAACUAUUGUGAACGUUGUAGUAAAGUAUUGAUUGAACAUUCCGUCCAGUAAUUUGUUAUGUCUGUAUUUCAUGUUUCUCUAAAUAAAAUGAUAGUCUGCCGUA